GCGCCUUGAAAUUUUCUACAAUUUGGUAUAUUUGCUUUCUCAAUGCUGGAUAGAUCAUCUUAUCCGAUUAGAUCUUUUUUGCAAGUGACCGCGAACUUUCUGCUCAACAUAAUAUUUAUAGGAGUGUCUGAAUAUUUGGUGGAUUCAGUAACGAUUUAAGUUAUAGUAAAUUUCAAACAUUCAUUGAUAAUAUCAAUAAAUCAUCUUCUGACAAAGUACUAUUGAAAAAUAUCAAAUAUAGUGAUGUAUGUUUCAAUUUGGGUACUGAUUUCCCAGAGAAUGUUGAAUGUAAUAUCGAUUUACUUGUUAGUCGAAAUUUGGGAGAAGAAAAUCAUACAAUCUAUAUCAUUCAAAAUGUCACAAAAUUUACAACAGGAAACGAAAUAAUUGACGUUCUAGCCAUUGAAAUAAAAACUAACAAACGUUGGUUUAUGGUUAAUGUUUUUCAAACACAAAAUAAUUAAAGUAAAGCAAAAUAAUUUCUUUUAAUUGUUUCAAAAUAAGAAUAAUGUUGAGAAAAAAUUGAGAAUUCGUAAUAUCAGACUUAAUAUUAGCAUUGAAAGGACAACAUAUUAUUGCAAGUAGUAGGAUUAUUUGUUGAUGUUUGAAAAAUUUGUAUCAUGCUAUCUGUCAAAGAGGAAAGUCUAUUCAGAUAUUUCGAUUGAUUUCAGUUCAUAUAAAAAACAUGAAUUUUGUUUCUUCUAUUCUAAUAUUGGAUGGAAUAUUGUAUAGUUGAAGUUUUGAAUCUAAUUUUGAUAUAUUUCGAGCGAUUGAGAUGAAAUCAGACGAAUUUUUCUUUCACAUAUAAUCAUCUGCAAGAAUUUAAAAUAAAUUAGUACAUAAACUGUUUAAUCAAUGGUAUUUUGAUAUGAAUUUAAGUCAAUUUCUAGUUGUAAACUUGAGUUUAUCAAUUUUUCAUAUCAGUUAAAUACAGUUAAGAUGCAGUAUUAUUCAGAGUACUAUCGAAUUGUUGUCGAAAACCUAUAUUUUAAAUCUUUAACUAAAUUACAAACAAUAUCUUGAAAUAACUCAUACUACUAAUCAGAUACUUAUUUCAAAGUUAUGCUUGAAAAUAAUCUAUUAGAAUUUUGUCCAGCAAUGAUUAUUUGAACUUAUUUUUUUUAGACAAACCAGAGGAGGAAAUCAAUUUUCUUGUUGAAAGUAUGAAGUAUUUUCGUUCACGUGCUGAACGUCUUGGUGCAGAAGAAGUUAAAAAUGAUAUGGCAGCACAAUUGUUGAACGAUGCGAAACAAUUGUAUAAAAAAACAAAAGCCGAUAAGAAACAUCAAACAGAGUUAACACCUGCUGAUAAACAAAUAUUUGAGAAUUAUGGUGAUAAUAAUGUUGAACAUGACAAUGAAGAUGAAGAUCAAUUUUUCUAA